GCCUCAAGAAUGGCGUUGGGCAAGCCACCACACCAGCUGCCCGGGCAUCCGCCGCCUGGCUGAGGCAACAGGGUGCUCCGAUGGCUCAUCCCUGGGUGCUCACAUUAUCCCUCCAUCCAGGUAGCCCUGAUGACCCUGGGGAGCCUCAGCGAUUGGGCCAGGACUUGGAGGGUUGGAGAUUAGAAAGUCAACAUACCAGAACUUCCAAGGAACCCCCCCUUUCUACCUCAAGCUCCCCCCAACCAUUCUUCAAAUCCAAGAGAGCUGCCUUGUGCUUCACUUCCUUCUUCUCUUUAGUACCCCUCACCUGGCUGCAGAGUUACACAGUCUCCCCUCUUUCUGUCCUUAGCACCCUCAGAUGAACAGAUCAUGCACCUGUUUUCAUUCUUUCCCUAUUGAUCACCAUAUGUGUGCGUGGAGGGAAGGCAGAUAACACUGUAGAAGUGAAGGACUUAACAGCUUGGCCCCAAGAUCCUGCAACACCUUAGGAGGAUUUUGCGUUCAUCUGGGCUGCUGCUCGCUCCUUUAAGCUACUCAAGGCCUGAAGAUGGAGGCUAUGUGUCUCGUCUUGUCUUGAUGCGCUUGCCAACUCCUGCCUCUUAAACUGAUGCCCCUCCCAGGCACAGAGGCAGGCCCUUGAGAGCUUUGGCCCUAGAUUGCCCUGGAAGGGGCGUGAGUGAUCAGGCAGGUGACUGAGAGCUGGGACGCCGGAGGCCUGCCCCGACUGAGUCACCUGGUGCUGUUGUUGUCCUCGUCCUUGUCGAAGGCCCUGUUCAGCGCCACAGACCUCUGUGGCCACAGCAGCAGGUUCCCAACCUUCCAGCCUUCAGGGAGAAGCUGCAGCCUGAUGGUGAGCCGAAUGGGCUGGGGGGGGAGCAGGGGGCGGCGGGGGCGGUGGGGAGACCUGGGGCCCGGGUCAGUGCCCCUCCUCCCCCUGCCGCUGCUGCCUCCUCCUCCUCCUCCUGCGUGUCGGGGACCCGGGGGAGGAAGGAUGUCCAUCUUCUCGCUGUCCCCCGCCCCUCAUACAAGAAGCUCCUCCUCCUUCUGCCCGUCUGCUCCAGGGCCCCCUUGCCCCGUGCUCCAGAGCACAGGGGCUUCUCAGCCUUGCCACAGUGCCCUCCCCACCCCAGCCACCCCCUCAACACAGGCACAGCCUGCAAUGACACCCACCUCUGCUACCCCCUCCUGGGGAUCCCACUCCGCACCAUCCCUGGCCUCGGCCACUCCCCCGCCCUCGCGCCGGUGCCCCCAGGAUCCCCCUGGGCUGCGGAUAGGCCCUCUGAUUCCAGAGCAGGAUUAUGAGCGGCUGGAAGACUGUGAUCCUGAAGAACCCCAGGACUCACCCCUCCACGGGGAGGAGCAGCAACCCCUGCUUCAUGUGCCCGAAGGGCUCCGCGGCUCCUGGCAUCAUAUCCAGAACCUGGACAGCUUCUUCACCAAGAUCUACAGCUACCACCAGCGGAAUGGCUUCGCCUGCAUCCUGCUGGAGGAUGUCUUUCAGCUGGGACAAUUCAUUUUCAUUGUCACCUUCACGACCUUCCUUCUCCGUUGUGUGGAUUACGAUGUUCUGUUUGCCAACCAACCAAAUAACCAUACAAAAACUCAGCCACUUCAUAGCAAAGUGACCUUGUCAGAUGCCAUCCUACCCUCCACCCAGUGUGCCCAGAGGAUCCACGCCAGCCCCCUGCUGGUCUUCCUCCUGGUUCUGGCUGCUGGCUUCUGGCUGUUCCAGCUGCUUCGCUCAGUCUGCAACCUCUUCAGCUACUGGGACAUCCAGGUGUUUUACAGGGAGGCACUGCACAUUCCCCCGGAAGAGCUCAGCUCGGUGCCCUGGGCGGAGGUGCAGUCCCGCCUCCUCGCACUGCAGAGGAGUGGAGGGCUGUGCGUGCAGCCGAGGCCGCUGACCGAGCUGGAUGUGCAUCACCGCAUUCUGCGCUACACCAACUACCAAGUGGCGCUUGCCAACAAGGGCUUGCUGCCGGCCCGCUGCCCGCUGCCCUGGGGAGGCAGUGCGGCCUUCCUCAGCCGCGGCCUGGCGCUCAACGUCGACCUGCUCCUCUUCCGAGGUCCCUUCUCGCUCUUCCGCGGGGGCUGGGAGCUGCCCGACGCCUACAAGCGCAGUGACCAGCGGAGCGCCCUGGCCGCGCGCUGGGGGCGCACGGUGCUGCUGCUGGCCGCCGUGAACCUGGCGCUGAGCCCUCUGGUGCUGGCCUGGCAGGUGCUGUACGCCUUCUACAGCCACGUGGAGCUGCUGCGGCGCGAGCCCGGAGCGUUCGGGGCGCGCCGCUGGUCCCGCCUGGCCCGCCUGCAGCUGCGCCACUUUAACGAGCUCCCGCACGAGUUGCGAGCGCGCCUGGCCCGCGCCUACCGCCCCGCCGCCGCCUUCCUGCGCGCCGCCGCGCCCCCCGCGCCCCUGCGCGCGCUGUUGGCCCGCCAGCUCGUCUUCUUCGCCGGCGCGCUCUUCGCCGCGCUGCUGGUGCUCACCGUCUACGACGAGGACGUGCUCGCCGUGGAACACGUGCUCACCGCUAUGACCGCGCUCGGGGUCACGGCCACCGUGGCGAGGUCUUUCAUUCCCGAAGAGCAGUGCCAGGGACGUGCCCCGCAGCUCCUGCUGCAGGCGGCUCUGGCCCACAUGCACUACCUUCCGGAGGAGCCAGGCGCUGGCGGCAGGGCCAGCGCCUACCGGCAGAUGGCGCAGCUUUUGCAAUACCGAGCGGUCUCCCUUCUGGAGGAGCUCCUGUCCCCUCUCCUCACGCCGCUGUUUCUGCUCUUCUGGUUCCGCCCUCGUGCGCUGGAGAUUAUUGACUUUUUCCAUCACUUCACUGUGGACGUGGCUGGGGUUGGGGACAUCUGUUCCUUUGCCCUCAUGGAUGUGAAACGUCACGGCCAUCCUCAGUGGCUCUCGGAAGGCCAGACGGAGGCCUCACUGUCUCAGCGUGCAGAGGAUGGGAAGACCGAGCUCUCCCUGAUGCGAUUCUCCCUGGCACACCCACAAUGGCGCCCCCCAGGGCACAGCUCCAAGUUCCUCGGGCAGCUUCGUGGCCGGGUUCAGCAAGAUGCGGCUGCCUGGGGCACCACCUCGGCUCGCAGCCCCCCCACCCCAGGAGUGCUCAGCAGCUGCACCUCCCCUCUGCCGGAGGCCUUCCUGGCCAACCUCUUGGUGCACCCCCUCUUGCCCCCGAGGGACUUGAGCCCCACAACCCCGUGCCCGGCUGCUGCCACAGCCAGCCUCCUUGCCUCCAUUUCCCGCAUCGCCCAGGACCCCAGCUGUGUGUCUCCAGGAGGCAGUGGGGGCCAGAAGCUGGCCCAGCUCCCCGAGCUGGCUUCUGCUGAGAUGGGUCUCCAUGCCAUCUACCUGCACCAGCUCCAUCAGCAGCAACAGCAGGAAGUGUGGGGGGAGGCUGAAGCCUCGUCCCCAUCCCGGCCCUGGUCCAGCUCCUCCCAGCCAGCCUCGCCGGACGAGGAAAAGCCAUCCUGGUCAAGUGAUGGUUCCAGUCCUGCCUCCAGCCCCAGACAGCAGUGGGGGACCCAGAGGGCUAGGAAGCUGUUCCCUGAAGGGUUUCAGGAGACCAGAGACACCCAGAAGGAGCCUGGCCAGGCCCUUAACCCUGAAUGAGAGGACUCCUCAGGUUCCCUGGCUUCUCCAGCCACAAGAGAUUGCGCGGAGUGGCGCGGAAGGGCACAGCAAGCCAACUUGAGAGCCCCCGGCUGAUGAGAGCCCAGGAUGCUUUCAUUGGGAAGGACCUGGGGGUCAGCGAGGAGCUCGCCCCAGAGAUCAGAGAAAGGGUAGGAGUGAGGUGGUUCCCGCGUGGAGGAGCUAAGGAGAUACCCGCCCCGCCGCCUCUCCCGGGGCCUAGCCUCGGGAGUGGGAACCUGGGAAGAAGUCUCUGCGCAUCCUCAAGGUGGAGGGCAGAGGCCACACUAAGUGGAAGAGAAGGGGGCAAUGGGUUCUUCAUGCUGCCACUCCCUCAGGUUCCCAUGGGGACUUGGGAGUGGAAAGAGUAGAGAGGGCCGAUGUUUUUGGACUUCAGCACUGGCCGAUGUCUGAGGAAGUGGGUGCGGCUCCUCUUCCUGUAUGAAACAAGCAGUAAAGAUUGCUUCUGGCUGCGUUGCA